CUAAUAUAGUAGUUUUCAAUUUAAAAAAUAUAUAUAAAUAAAGAAAGAGAGUGAUAAUAAAUCAGAAAGUAAACAUGAGGUUCCACAAGAAAUAGGAGUCUAAAUAGAAGAGAUCAGAUCAAUGGAUGUGCGUAAAAUAGUGGUGGUUGUAGAAGACGAAGAAGCUGCAAGAACAGCUCUUCAAUGGGCGCUUCAUAAUUUCCUCCGUUACGGAGAUAUAAUUACUCUGCUUCACGUUAUUUCGUCUUCAAGAAACAAGAAGAAGCUGAGGAAUCUCCGGUUGAAAGGCUUUCAGCUGGCUCUUUCUUUUAAAGAUAUAUGUAACACCUUCUUUAAUACGAAUAUUGAGAUUGUGGUGACGGAAGGGGAUGAAGAAGGUGGGAGAAUUGUGGCUAUGGUGAGGGAGAUUGGUGCCUUUGCUCUUGUUGUUGGACUCCAUGAUCAUAGCUUUCUUUACAGGUUGGCAAUGGCCCAAAACGACAUAGCAAACAACUUAAAUUGCAAGGUACUUGCUAUCAAACAACCACCUCCGGUAAAUCCUCCAUUGAAGACCAAAUCAGCACAGGCAACAGCUCUUCUAGACCGUUCAACCAACAUGGACUUUUCCCAGAUCGAGAUUGCUACAUUACAGGUUCCUUAUAUUCCUCCUCCAAAAGUUCCAUACAAGAUAUGUCCAGAUCCUUCAUUAGUAAUAUGGAGAUGGAGGAAAUCCAGAAGGAAGGGUGGCUCUUGAAAUAUUGGCAUGCUCUCAUUAUCUCCAAAUUGCAAAGUUUCACCCAUCUUUGAUUAAUUUCUUGGACAAUUUUACUUCAAAAUUGUCUCAAACUUCAAUAUACAAAUGAAUAGUGCAAUUCAUAGAUUUACACA